UUUUGCUUUGUUUUAUUAUGCUCAUUURAGUCAUUUGGUGAUUCUCCAAUUCGACAUCAAUCUACUCGGCAAUGGUUCAUAGCACUAUAGAUCUGUUCAAUUCGACAAGAAGAUAAUCUACCAAUUUUGUUCUUGUACUGAAGUGAUAAUAAUUGAAGCUAUAUUUUCGUCGCAAGCGAUAUCUCCAGGGGUGUGUUCUUGAAAUAAUAUCGCUACAUAAAGAUGUCGUCCGCAGAUUGUUGUUUUAGUAUGUGCCAGUCUCCUAUACAAGCAAUCCUUCGCCCUGCGAUGUGGUUACCUGGAGUCAAGAAGCUACAUAGUGCAAGAGAAACAUGGAUUUUACCCCAAGCUACUGUCGAUGUUUGCGUUGACAAACUGAUUGAAGCGGUCGACGAAUUAGGAGAGAAAGAAAAGAUGCAUGUAAACAAGGUGAAUAGAAACAAGAACUUUGUGCAGAUAUUUAGCUUUACAAAUAAUGAAUGGUUUGAUGUGGUUGAGAUUGAGUUUCAGCCUGGAAGAGAAUCAGGUUCAAUUGCUAAGGCAAGGUCAUUUUCUACUGGAUUAUUCCCUACAUGUUGUCCAUGUGCACUGAUUUUAAAUGUUAUAUUCUGUUUUGCACCGUUUCUUGACAAAGGAGUAAAUACCGCAAGAUUGGAAAGAAUUCGAACACACAUGAGAUUGGAAUCUAAAGUAGAGAAACCUCAAGACAAUACUUGAGAUAGUACUAAAGCCAGUACUACACGUCAAAUGCUUUGUUUUGCAYGAACCUCAUUCAUGAAGUCACCUGUCCUUAAACAAAGGAAUAGAAAUCACAUUUUAGACUAGGCUAAUUAGAAUGAAUUAGGGUCAAACGCUGAACGUAAUUGUCAAACUUAAUUCUGUUUAAAAUAUUUACUGUCAAAUGGAAGCAUAGUUAAUAGAGGGAGAUAUCUGAUAUAAUAUGUGCUUUCAAAAACACAAGGCACUAUAUAAUCAGCUAUACGAUUUAAGAGAAUUUGAAAAUUUUUAAAGUUGCAAUUUAGUGCAAGAGAAGUACAGGCGUCUAAAAGCCACUCUGUGUGCAAAUGAGAUAAAAACAAUGACUUUUGCAUGUUAAAUAAAUAAUAGAAACUUUAAUUUGGUACAACACAAAAAUUUAGUUCAGCAUUUGACCCAUGCAUUUUACUUCAAAAUGGGAGGAUACAGCUAUCAUAUUAACCAUUUACUAGAAGGGAUCUAUUUUAUGAUAAACUAAACAAUAAAUUAAUGCACUAUAUUAAUUCAGCAGUAAUCUGAGUUCAAGCUUUGGCUUGCAUCAUUUUUUUGCUAAAUUUGGUUUUAAUUUUUUGGAACUAUUUUGAUAAUCAUGAUCAUUAACAACUAUUAUGUACAAUAUUUAGUGGGUAAUAUUAUUUGUAAAAUUUCAUACUUAUAUCUACCAUUUAAAAUCAUGGUUUUAGUGGAAAAAAUAAGGAACAAACAAACAAAAGACAAGACAAAAUAAAUACUCCUUUCAUACAGCACGUUUGUCUGUAAAAUUUGGUAAGUCGGACUGUAUUCUUCUUUGUAGCCUUCUAUUUUGAUGGGCUUCCUUUGGAAGGACAGCAAAAAAAUGACGAAGACUACAUUGGAGACUAAGUGAAACAGUGUCCUCAAAUUUUUAAUACUGAUUUGUCUCAAAUGUAACAGAUUUUAGUAAACUGCUCAAUUUCAAGUGCAUCAGCUAAAACUGUGGAAUAACCUACUAAACAACCAGACUACAAAAUCUUGAAUAUUUUAAUUAUUAACAGCAUUCAAAAUGCUAAAUUUCAUUCAAAAUGGCUUUUGUAUGACUCUUGUGAAGUUAUAUUAAAAAUUUUAAUUCCAAAAUAUAUGGAUUUUGCACCAGUUUGUAACAGUUAACUUUCAGGUUUAAUAAUUUUUAAGCCUUAUAAAAUCUUAUUUUCUUUAUAGUUUAAUAAUAGGUAACCUUAAUAUAACUAAUGAAGGCAUAAAUUGUAAGAUAUUAACAGGUUUAUAGAAAUAAAACUAAAUUGAUUUAUUUUCCAAA